UGCCAAGUACGUAAUCUUUCCCAAAACAUACGGUGGUCAACACAGACAAGUCACCUAUCUGAUCAAGCCCAACAGGCUGACGACAGGCAGAAGACCUCAAGUAGGACAAACUGACGGACAACCAUGCCGACAGAGACUUUACCUGAGCCCCAGACCAUACGUGCGGUGAACGGGGGGGCGAAGAUCAUCGUGGACGAGGAUGUUCUCAGCCCAGAUGAUCUGUCAGAACUGCUAGCUGAAGGGACAAAGGAGUCACAUGACAGGGCAGAGAACUGCCAGUUUGUCAAAGACUUCCUCAGAGGGCGAAUCAAAAGAGAGCUCUUCAAGAGAGGGACGGUGGCUCUCUACUUUGUCUACUCGGCCAUGGAGGAGGAGCUGGAGAGGAACAAGGAUCACCCCCAGGUGGCUCCUGUGUACUUCCCAGCAGAGCUGGACCGACAGGAGGCUCUGGCCCAGGACCUGGAGUACUUCUACGGAGAAGACUGGCAGAGCCAGGUGAGCGUGUCCCCAGGUACCAAGCCCUACGUGGACCGCAUCCACCAGGUGGGGGCUGAGGACCCGGUCCUUCUGGUGGCCCACUCUUACACUCGCUACAUGGGGGACCUAUCAGGGGGCCAGAUCCUGAAGAAGGUGGCACAGCGGGCGCUGAAGCUGCCGUCCUCGGGCGAGGGUCUGCUGUUCUACCAGUUUGAGGGCAUCCAUAACGCCCGGUCCUUCAAGCAGCUGUACCGCAGCAGGAUGAAUGAGCUGGAGCUUGAUGCCCACACCAAGGACAGGAUCAUAGCCGAGUCCAACAGGGCCUUCGCGUUCAACAUGGAGGUGUUCACAGAGCUGGAGCAGGUGGGGAGCACAAUCCAGGAGGAGGUGCAGGACGCAGGGCUGGGUCACGGGCACGGAGGAAUGGAGAUGCAGGGAGACAUCAACACGUGUCCUUACUACGCUGCCAAGAUGGCUGCCAGCGGGAACACCAGCCCUCUCUGCCAGAUGGCCAUGAUGCUCCUACAGCACCCAACCUGCCAAGUGGUGCUGGCCACAUGGGUGGCUGCUGUGGCGGGAUUGGCUGCCUGGUACCUCAUGUGACCUGUCACAGACAGGUUCAGCCAAUCCAGUUUGAACGACAACGAAAGGAAUGUUUUUUUUUUAGCUCUUUCUUGUUGUUUUUCUUUCUCGUUCUCCGCCUCUCUCUCCCCAUCCCUCUCUUUGUCUCUUAUCUUUUUUCAGUCAUUGGUCUCUCUAUCCCCAUCUUUCUCUCUAUCUCUGUCUUACUCCAGAUGUUUUGACAUCUCAAAAACUGUAAAUUCACUGAGACAGUCACUGUCUAAGGUCAGGUCACCCAGGAGACCAUUUUAGUCAUUGAGCAUGCCAUAUUUGGAUGCAUG